GUUGUCGUUCAAGCUUGUGCGCUUGAUCCAGAAGCGCUUGAGUUGUACAGGAUAGCUGAGCAAAGGCUGAGAAAAGCUUGAAAUAUAUCCAGAAAUUUAAACGGAUGACUGUGACUGAACGCAGAGGACUUUUGAUUUUAGUUGAUAUAAAAUUACACUCGUGAGUAAUUCCCAUUCGUUUUCCAGCUCCAUCAGGACAAUUUUCUGUAUCCAACUGAAGACGGUGCAUUUAGAGAGGAAAGGACGUCUGACGAUGACAGCGAUCAGAAUGGUUUCAUCAGUGCUGUUGCUGGUGCUGAUGCAGUCCGGAGCUCUUUGCGCACGGAGGUUCCGGGGUGGCCGCAACCCACAACCACGACGCGCACCACCUCCUCCCACGUACCGAGCGGACCGGGGUGAUACCACGGAGAGCUUCCCUCUAGAUUUCACCGCGGUGGAGGAGAACAUGAAUGACUUCAUGACUCAAGUGAAGAACCUGGCGCAGUCCCUGUACCCGUGCUCGGCGCAGAAGCUUGACUACGACAUGAAGCUGAACUUUUUGGAGAAUACAUCCGUCACCUGCAACGACGGGAGUCCCGCUGGGUACUACCUAAAAGAAUCUCGAGGUAGCAGACGGUGGUUGAUAUUCUUAGAAGGCGGCUGGUACUGCUUCAACAAGGAGAACUGUGACAGCCGAUAUGAGACUAUGAGGAGACUGAUGAGCUCCUCCAAGUGGCCCCAAACUAAAACAGGCACGGGGAUCCUGUCUCCAUUGCCUGAGGAAAACCCUCACUGGUGGAAUGCCAACAUGGUGUUUAUUCCGUACUGCUCCAGCGAUGUGUGGAGCGGCGUUACAGCCAAAACAGAGCAAAGUGGAUAUGCCUUCAUGGGCUCCCUGAUUAUUCAGGAGGUUGUGAAGGACCUGCUAAACAAAGGGCUGGACAAUGCAAAGGUCCUCUUAUUAGCCGGAAGCAGCGCGGGUGGUACUGGGGUGCUUCUGAAUGUGGAUCGCGUAGCAGAGCUGCUGGAGGGAAUGGGGCACACUGGGAUACAAGUGCGAGGUCUUUCUGAUUCUGGCUGGUUCCUCGACAACAAGCAGUACCACUGCACUGACUGUGUGGACACUGUCAGCUGUGCCCCGACUGAAACCAUCAAAAGAGGCAUCAAGUACUGGGGAGGAGUGGUACCAGAGAAGUGCAAACAAACCCAUGAAGGAGAGGAGUGGAACUGUUUCUUUGGAUAUCGAGUCUUCCCAUCAAUAAAAAGCCCUGUGUUUGUGGUCCAGUGGCUAUUUGAUGAGGCCCAGUUGACAGUGGACAACAUCCAGCUAACAGGGCAGCCUGUCCAAGAAGGCCAGUGGCGCUACAUCCAAAACCUGGGCAUUGAGCUGAGGAACACACUAAAAGAUGUCCCAGCUAUGUUUGCUCCAGCAUGUCUGUCACAUGAAGUUAUCACCAGAAACUACUGGAUUGACGUGCAAGUUAAAGGCACCUCCUUGCCGCGAGCACUGCACUGCUGGGACCGCAUCCUCCAUGACAACAGGAACAACAAGGCGCCACCCAAAGGCUGCCCUGUGCAUCUGAUUGACAGCUGCCCGUGGCCACACUGCAACCCCACCUGCCCAACCAUCCGAGACCAGUUCACUGGACAAGAGAUGAACGUCAUUCAGUUCCUCAUGCACAUGGGCUUUGAUGUGCAGAAGAUGGCUCAGCAGCAGGGCAUGGACCCCAGCAAGCUACUGGGCAUGCUCAGCAGUGGCAGCUAAACAGACACGCAUACACACAGUAUCUCCAAGCUAAAACCAAGCAGAGCUGGCUGGUCUCUCUGGCCAGUCUCCCAUGCCUAAUACCUCUAACUACAUAUCCCACUUCACAAUCCAUUCUACCUAAAAUUUUAUCCUCUCUGACCUCCUUUUUACUUAAGUUCAAAUCUUGCUUUUGCUCCACAGUCCCUUUCCUCACAACUGGUGAUGCAUACAGGAGCAACAUGCCAUUGCAUCAAGACACAACUCUCAUCUACUCUCCAUUCAAAUUAUCUUUUGCUUUGUAAAAGAAAAAAAUAUCAUGAAUGUAAUCCAGUUUUAAGGAUGCUCAUUGAUGUUUAAUUUUUUAUUAUUUUCAUCCUCUAGAUUAUAUUGAGUUAUUGUUCAAAAAAGGCACAAUGUUGGGAUGUAACGCAAGGAUGCUGUCUUCGUUAAGUAGUCACUAUAGAGUAUAUAAAGUACAACUUUGUCCAAACUGUUUUUUUAAUAAUUGGUUUGACAGACAUCUCAUCACAAAAUAACCUAAAUCAAAACAGAAACAAGAAAAUAUGACAAGGGCAGAACAAACUGGACUAGGAAGGAAACUUUUUCUCUUUACCUCUAAAACAAAAGCAAGCUUAGUAGAGACAGACAGCUGAGGCCAGUACUUUAAUCAAUUUGUAUGAUAAAGAUAUGCCAGUUGGAAUAACACUGUAAUUAAACGUACAAUUCUUUGCGGAUGAAAGUAGUUAAAAUGAAAUAGUCAGAAACUAGCGAGACAGUCUGACAGUGCUCUACACUUUGUAUUACUGUGGUGAUCAUCAUGUGAUAAAAGCAAAUGUCCUUGUAGAGAUAACUCACGUUCUUGACAGUGUUGAAAUCUGGCAUAAUUUUUAGUUGUGACAGCUGUGAAGGUGUCUUAAUGUCCAGUUUUGUCAUGUUCGGAAACUAAUUGCGGUGCUAAAAUGGACCUGAAAACACUUAGCUGCACAUACAGUAGCUGCACAUACACCACAGUGCCAUUAUAUCUAGUCUAUACCUCUUUCUCACGGGCCAAGUCAUCAUCAAAGGACUGUUCAAACCUGAUCAAAGGGUACAUGUUCAUGUUAGGUCACCUCAGUAGUCCAGCAAUCCUCAAAUCAAUGCAAUGAACAUUUAAAGGGAGACAAAAAUAUGUAUUGUAUAUUUUUUGAGUAUUUGUAUAGGUUCUUUCAAGUGUUCAUUAUUGUAACUCCCUUCUUAUAUUUCAUAGAUUACUUUUUAAUAUAAUGACAAUGUUGUAUGUAAUGAUGUCUUUAUAAAUGAUGUUUUUAAAAGACCUCUAUUUCUUAUCACACCAGAAAAGGAAAAGUAUUACUAAUUGUAAGUUUAUUCUGUAACAUAUUUUUAACAGAAAAAAACUCAAGCUACAUUGGUAAUUUACAUAUUUAUUUUGUUAUGUAAAUCAUAUUUAUAAGUGCUAUUUUCACAGAGAAGUGAUUCUUUGUAAAUUGUAAAUACAUUGCUGUUUUAAUCUUUGUGUUGAUUGCAUGUCUUUGUACUCAAAAGAAAAGACACAUUACAUAUACGACAAGGUAAAUAUU